AUGUCCACCCUUGAGCAAAACAUCCGCCAGGCGCUAGAAAUCCUCCUACCCCGGAUCCAAAAGCAACAUGCAGAAUCCCCAGACACGCCCAUCAUCCUCGGUAUAACCGGUCUCCAGGGCUCAGGAAAAUCAACAUGGGCCUCUACGCUCGUAAAACUUUUAUCCGAAGAACACGGGCUCUACAGCAUCACCGUCUCCCUCGACGACUUCUACAAGACCCACACCGACCUCGUCUCGCGCCGCAACCAAGAUCCAGCCAACAAACUAUACCUUACGCGCGGCCAACCAGGGACCCAUGAUGAGCAACUCGCCCAAUCCUUUUUCCAGCAACUAAAAGCCUGGAGCACCACUACCACAACAACAACAACAACAAUAGACGACAGUCCCAGCACCAAGGCCGCCCUCGCCAUCCCCUCCUUCGACAAAAGCCGCUUCAACGGCGAAGGCGACCGCGCCCCCGAAUCCUCCUGGCCACGCAUCACGCGCAAGCCCGCCGUCGUCAUCUUCGAAGGCUGGUGCCUGGGCUUCACGCCCGUGGCCCCCUCUGUAAUCGAGCACAAGCACGCCCUCGCGCUCCAAGGUAAACUCGCCGUCAACACGCCCGCACAGCACCAAGUCGCCCACUUGCUCCAAGUAAACGACGCUCUAAAGCGCUACUGCGACGCCUUUAUGGGCCCCCACCAUUUUGACUUUUUCAUCCAUAUCGAUACUGAGCAUCUGCCCAAUGUCUAUACCUGGCGCUUGGAGCAGGAGCAUAAGAUGAUUGCCCGAAAGGGUGAGGGCAUGUCGGAUGAUAUGGUCAAGACGUUUAUAGAUGGGUAUAUGCCUAGUUAUGAGAUUUAUCUCGACCAGUUGCGCAAGGGCCUUUUUGCUGAGAAAGGGAGGAUGGUGAGGGUUGUUUUGGAUGAGGGGAGGGGGGUUGAGAGCGUUGAAGUGCUUUAA